AUAAUUUCCGACUGAAGAGGAAUUGUCAGAAUUAGCGUAUUCGUAGUUUCCUUCUAGUAAAGUCUUUUAUUUAUACGUUGAUAUUCACGACUUCUUCUUACAACAAUGGCAAACACGUAUUCCGCAUCGCGAGAUUACAGGAAACCUGCUAUUGACCAACGAAUCGCUGAGUUAGUGAAAAGGAGGAUAGGUACACGGGAAGAUCUACCCACGGAAAGUACAAAAGAGCGACUUGCAAAAUUCAAAGAAAUUCGCAAUGCCAGACAAGGAUUACUAAAGAUCACGCAUCAACAUGUCCUGGAGACGGUGGCAUAUAUUUUGAACACAGACUCCGAGGUCCUGGAACAAGGUAUCCUCGACAGAGACGAAUACGUGAACGUAUUUAGCAGUUUCUUCGCCGAAGGCGGAAGACAAGCGAUCGUUGUUUAUCUUCAACCUAUGAGUCCCCCGACAUUUGAAUCCGGGCGAUGGACGCCGCAACUUAGCAAAGAACAGCAAGUUAUACGCUGCUGCAUAACAGAUGGUACUACCGAAAAAUUCUCAGGCAAAUGCGUUAUAGUUUAUCGAUUAAAGUCAAAUCUGGAAUUUGGAGUCAAACAGUUAGUCGAUGAAACAUAUUAUGCAUAUGCGGAGGUGGAUCCUACAUCACAAAGCGCGCUGGCAGGAAUAUCUGAUUUAAUUUCACGUUUGCAUGCACGAACGUUAACUGCUAAUACGCAAUGGGGAGAAUUGUCGAGGAGCGAAGCCGGAGAAAAGAUAAAGGACGAUUUUAUAGGCGAUUUUAAAGAUUUCUGCGAAUUUCUCAGCAUGACGAAGAUAGAUUUGGAAAAUAUCAUAUGCUUUCAACUUGAUUUGGAUUUGUAUCAAAAGUGUUUGGCAUUACCUGAAAAAAUUAAAGAAAGCCUUCGUAAGCCGGACGUUAUUGCAGCAACAGAAGCUAAUGUCCGAAUAUGGAUGAAGCUGAUGGAACGGGCCAUCGUUGAAAGCCAACAAUUGCGCAGAGAAACCGAAACUGUAGGACCAACUGCGGAACUUGCGUAUUGGCGGCGAUUGUUCGGUCAAUUUUCAUCGAUAACGAAUCACAUAAAGUCUUUUUACACGCAAGCAUUUAUACAAUUGUUAACGGAAGCGAAAUCAAAACUUAUCAGAGAAUGGAAGAUAUUAGAAGAUCAUGUUACAACGAUGCACAUUUUGUCGCAUGAUAACGUGAAGUAUCUGUACGCCUUAGAAAAAUUUACGCAACCAUUGUACAGAUUAGAUCCAACGAAAAUAGGAGAGUACUUACCCGCGCUCAUGUAUGCUAUAAGGAUGAUUUAUGCUACGUCGCGAUUUUUCAACACGAGGAAGAUGGUAACAGCUGUAUAUGUAAAGAUAACAAAUCAGAUGAUAUUAGCAUGUAAAGCAUACUUAACGGAGAAUGGAAAAUUGAGCAUUUGGAACGAAUCGAAAUGUAUUAUGAUAUCUAAAAUAAAGGAUUGUAUCAAGCUUUGUGAGACGUAUCAUAACUGUUACGACGAGAUGUGUAAGAAGGUCGAAGAAUCUCCGGACGAAAAACCUUUCGAGGUGUCCGAAAUGUAUGUUUUCGGAAAGUUUGCCACUUUCAAGACAAGAAUAAUAAAAAUCAUGGACAUCCUUGAAACGGCACGGAUGUACUCCAUCCUGCACAGUUCGACUAUAGAAGGAAUUAAUGCAUACGCGCAAAAGUAUACGGAUUAUUUUAAAAAGAUUUCGUCGCAGAAGUACGAUCCCUUGGAUCACAGAAAACCGUAUUUCGAUGCCGAUUACGACGAAUUCAAAAAGAGCGUGACGGAAACCGACAUGGAGCUAAGAACGUUUUUCUUUAACUGCGUUUCUCUCGUGCCAGACAUAACGCAGAGUUUAUAUUUGAUAGCUAGGUUUCAAAAAUUGAAUCUCAAGCAACUGAGGAUUGACAGGAAGUGCCUAGAAAUGGUCACGAUGUUCGAACAAGAGCUCGAAGAUAUUCGCGAUAGAUACAAUGAAAAUAGAUCCGAUCCUCCUACGCCGAGAAAUAUUCCACCCAUCGCUUGUAGAAUUCUGUGGAUCCGGCAAUUAAAUAGACGCAUUGAAGUUCUUAUGGAUAUGUUCAGAUCGCACCAUAGAGUGAUUACGCAUGAUUCCAUGCAGAAAUGCAUUAAGAUAUAUAAUACUCUCGUCAGCGUGUUUAUUCAUUACGAGUUAAUAUAUUACAAAGCGUGGUACGAUUCGGCUAACAUUGUUCGUCUGGCAUUGUCAUCCCCCUUACUUGUGCGUCAUCCAAAGACAAAUAAGUACUGUCUAAAUUUCGAUUCUUACAUUUAUGAAGUAAUACGAGAAUCCGAGCAUAUGUCCAAGUUUGAAUUAGAAGUGCCGGAUUUUAUACAAAUGUUAAUCUUUUGCAAAGAAAAGAUCUUUUUAUCCUGCGAAAGAGUGAAGAAAUUGCUUAAGAAGAACGAUGAGCUUAGACGAUCUAUUCCGAUCUUGUUUCUAAACCUAAUGAAAAUAGCACUCGUCAAUCUUGAAAUUGCUUUUCAACCCUGCGUAUCGGUAAUUACAUGGUCCUCGUUAAAAAUUUCUAACGCAUGCGCUAAAAUAGAAGAAGAGUUAAAUAAUGCGCAGAUAUUCGUCAAGGAGAUAGUGGACAUGAAGGAAGCGAGAGUGGAUGAAGUGUUUGAGUCUAUUGCGGAAACAACGUUACUAAAACUGGACGAAUAUCCGAAAAGUCCGGAACAACUUUUAGCCGAUAAUAUAGCUUUCACAGACAAGAUGGCGAUUGACUUGGAAAUCAAAUCUGCGGCGGCAGAGAAGACCGUUAUCACGAUUAUCAAUAAAUUUAUGGAUCUUAUAACCGAUCCUACCGUGCAAGAUAUUAAAUACAAGUGGAUGGAUCUCGAAAAAAUGCACAGACAAUGCGUAUCCGAAAGCAAAUUGAUACAGGCGCCAUUCGAGCCGGGCUUCGGUCACAUCGAAAGAACACACAAAGUUAAGAUAAAUCAAGUGCAUAAUGAUUGCAUAGAACUGUUUGCGUGUUACAAUAAUAAAUUAAUAGAAGCUUUAGUAAAAUGUACUAAAAAUUCUUUAGACUUGUUAAAGAAGAAAGCAACCAUUAUGAGUGUGUUAGUCAAAGAUGUUGCAAUAGAACAAGAAAUUCCAAUCAUGCUGACAUAUUUUGUUUUACAAAUACCGAAUAUUAUAAUUAUCCCACCAAUAGAAGAAUUGCAAAAUCAUUUUGCCAAAGUUAUAACAAGAAUUAUAGAAACGCACAAGAAGGUCGUUAUGUGGGGACAUCGAUAUUCUACAAAUGGACGAGUUAAAUCGCUUGGUAAAGAAGACGUGUCCGAUACUUAUUUUCAAAACGUGUCUGAUCACAAAGAUAUAAUCCGCAGUUCAAUGAGUCUACAAGGCUUAAUAUUAAUGUUGAGAGAUGACAUCUUCAAAGUUGGCAACUCAUAUUUACGAUAUUCCUACAUAUGGGCAGAAAAUAGAAAUGAGAUUAUACAAGCGUUUACUGACUCCAAACCUUUCGUACAUGAAAUUAAAGAGAAGUUUAUAGAAUACGAAAAUUUAAUGACAGAAAUAAAAAAUUUGCCUGACUGGCAUAUACUUGGCCCUCUUCAAAUUAAUACAGAUAAAUUAAAAUUAGCAUUCCUUGUCGAAGCAAAUGCAUGGAAAAAAACGUUGGGUGUCAUGUUAUCAAAUAAAUACAAAGAAAAAUUGCUAAAAAUAAUGGAUUAUAUUUUGGAAAAGAAUAAAGUUCUAUCCAGGCAUAUCAAAGAUUUAGAGGACGUUAGAGUUGCGAUGAAAUGCUUGGGAGAAAUACGAGAUGAUUUCGUAUCAAUAGAUAUGGAACUAAUUUUAAUUGAAGAGACUUAUACAUUAAUGGGAAAAUUUAACAUCGAUAUAUUGAAAGAAGAUCAAGAUAUAGUAGAUGGAUUGAGAUAUAAUUUUAGCAGCCUGCUCAAUACGGCGAAGCACGUUCAAGCUGUUAUAUGUGAGAUGCAAGAGCCAUUGAAAAAGGAACUUACUGACGGAGGUGCAAUUCUUAAAAAGAAGGUAGCUCAAUUUGACAUUGAUUUUGAACUCAAUGGCCCAAUGGUUGAAGGAAUACCCGCAAAAGAAGCCAGUGAACGACUUAUCCUAUUCCAAGCGCGUUUUGAAGAACAGUGGGAAAGAUACGAGACUUACAGCACUGGCGAAAGCUUAUUCGGCAUAGAAGUAACGGAGUACCCAGCUCUACAACAGAGAAAAAGAGAAAUUAAUUUAUUGCAAAAGUUAUACACGUUGUAUUUGCAAGUUAUGCGCACCAUUGACAGCUAUUAUGAUAUCCCAUGGUCCGAAAUUGAUAUCGAGUCAAUUAUAGCUGAAUUGGCCGACUUCCAAAACAAAUGUCGAAGAUUACCUAAAGCUAUGAGAGAAUGGCCCGCGUAUGUUGAUCUAAAGAAGAAGAUUGAUGAUUUUAAUGAAAUGUGCCCGCUGUUAGAAAUGAUGGCUAAUAAAGCCAUGAAAGACAGACAUUGGAAGAAACUGUCGAAACUCUGUCACUACUUCUUCGACGUAGAAUCUGAAAGGUUUACCUUGGCAAACGUUAUGCAGGCACCUUUGUUGAAAUAUAAAGAUGAUGUAGAGGACAUAUGUAUUAGUGCAGUGAAGGAACAAGAUAUCGAGUUUAAAUUGAAGCAGGUAAUUGCAGAUUGGGCGGUUAUAAAUCUGCAAUUUGCUCCCUUCAAGCAGAGAGGCGAACUGAUGCUGAAAGGCAACGAAACGGCUGAAAUAAUAGCGCUAUUGGAAGACAGUUUAAUGAUCAUAAGCUCUUUGCUCGCAAAUCGUUAUAACGUACCGUUUAAGAAAGAGAUUCAGUUGUGGCAGACCAAGCUUAGCAAUACGUCGGAAAUAUUGGCGAAAUGGUUAACCGUGCAAAAUCUGUGGGCUUAUCUGGAAGCAGUAUUUAUUGGCGGCGACAUAUCGAAGCAACUGCCUACUGAAGCAAAACGCUUUAACACUAUCGAUAAGGCUUGGGUUAAGCUUAUGCUUCGCGCUCACGAAAAAUUAAAUGCGGUGGAAACGUGUACGGGGGAUGAAACGAUGAGCCAGUUCUUACCACAUUUACUGGAGCAGCUAGAAUCGUGCCAGAAAUCUCUUAGCGGCUAUCUGGAAACUAAGAGAGUUAUUUUUCCGAGAUUCUGCUUUAUAUCGGAUCCUACUUUGCUGGAGAUACUUGGGCAAGCAGAAGGGCACACGAUACAGAAUUAUCUUGAUGGAUUUUUCGAUAAUAUAGCAAAACUAAAGUUCUCCGAAAAGGAAUACGAUAAAAUUAUAGCGAUGCAUUCACGUGAAGGCGAACAAAUAGCGCUGGAAAAAGAAGUCGCGUGUACAGGAGGCGUGGAGAACUGGCUAAACGUUCUGUUAACAGUCCACCAGCAGUCCGUCGGCGCCGUGAUUUCGCUAGGGCUGCAAUCACUUCACACACCCGAAUUUGACAUUUUGUUAUUGAUAGAAAAUUCUGUUUUGCAAGUGGGUCUAUUAGCAUUACAAGUUUUAUGGACGCGAUUUUCCGAGAUAGCGAUCACGACAGCCAAACGUGACAGAACGAUAAUGAAAAGGACCAAUCAAUGGUUCCUUGACUUGCUAAACAAUCUUAUAGAAGUAACCGUCAAGGAUCUUACAAAGUAUGCCAGAAUAAAGUACGAAUGCUUAAUAACGAUACACGUGCAUCAAAGAGAUAUAUUUGACGAAUUAUGCCGUCUCCGAAUUCGUAGUAUACUUGAUUUUGAGUGGUUGAAGCAGUGUCGGUUCUACUACGAUGACGAAUCGGAGGAAGUCCCAAUCAAGAUAACCGACGUGCAAUUCGUUUAUCAAAAUGAAUUCUUAGGCUGUACAGAUCGACUUGCAAUUACGCCGCUUACGGACAGGUGUUACAUAACACUAGCACAGGCCGUGGGAAUGAAUUUUGGCGGAGCACCCGCGGGUCCUGCCGGCACGGGUAAAACAGAGACGACGAAAGACAUGGGGAAAGCACUGGGAAAAUACGUCGUUGUUUUUAAUUGCUCCGACCAAAUGGAUUUCCGAGGCUUAGGCAGAAUAUUUAAAGGACUAGCGCAAUCCGGCAGCUGGGGAUGCUUUGACGAAUUUAAUCGAAUUGAUCUACCGGUGUUAUCCGUUGCCGCACAGCAAAUAGCAAUCGUGCUCAAUGCACGAAAGGAGCGAAAGACAACAUUCUUGUUCAGUGAUGGCGAAACGUAUAAACUCAAUUACGAGUUUGGAAUAUUUAUUACAAUGAAUCCCGGGUAUGCGGGUCGACAAGAAUUGCCGGAAAAUUUGAAAAUACAGUUCAGAAGUGUGGCAAUGAUGGUUCCUGACAGACAGAUCAUAAUGCGAGUAAAACUCGCGGCGUGUGGCUUCAAAGAGAACGUGUUAUUAGCGCGAAAAUUCUUCAUAUUGUACAAAUUGUGCGAGGAGCAGCUCAGCAAACAGGUACAUUACGAUUUUGGAUUAAGAAACAUCUUGUCGUGCUUACGCACACUUGGCGCUCAGAAACGCGCGCAUCCUACCGAUUCCGAGGAAACCACGCUUAUGAGAGUACUACGCGAUAUGAAUUUAUCGAAAUUAGUGGAUGAAGACGAGCCUCUUUUCAUGUCGCUUAUUGAAGAUAUGUUUCCGGGUAUAAAGUUAACAACGCAGACUUAUAGAGAAUUACAGAAAGCAAUAGCUAACGCCACUGUCGCCCUUGGCAUAAUAAAUCACAGUGAAUGGAACUUGAAAACUGUUCAGUUAUACGAGACAUCGCUCGUUCGCCAUGGUUUGAUGGUUCUUGGACCAACAGGAUCUGGUAAAACGCGAUGCAUGUGGGCGCUAAUGAGGGCCCUAACAGAGAUGGGUAUACCGCAUAAGGAAAUUAGAAUGAAUCCAAAAGCGAUAACUGCGUCUCAAAUGUUUGGGAGACUCGACGUUGCGACGAACGAUUGGACAGACGGUAUAUUCUCCAUUAUAUGGCGAAGGUCCACGCAGACGAAGAAGACGGAAAAUUUAUGGAUGGUAUUAGACGGUCCCGUCGACGCAGUAUGGAUUGAAAAUUUAAAUUCUGUUCUGGACGACAAUAAAACGUUAACACUGGCAAAUGGCGAUCGCAUUAUAAUGGCGCCAAAUACUAAAUUAGUGUUCGAACCUGACAAUGUGGAUAAUGCGUCCCCGGCGACUAUAUCGCGUAUGGGAAUGGUAUUCGUCAGUGCCUCUGUGCUAAAAUGGGAUUCAAUUUUAGAGGGUUGGCUUAGAAAAUGUUCCAGUAACCAGACUCUGUUGCGAUCGUUAUUUUAUAAAAUAUACGAAGAUGCCCACACAUUCGUUCAAACAAAACUUCAAACUAAAAUGGUGCUUUUGGAAGCGCUUUAUAUACGGCAGUGUAUUGACUUAUUGGAAGGUUUAAAUGUCAGAAAUAUUGAUCCAACUAAAACAUUAACUGAUCAUCAUGUUGAGAAGCUUUUUCUAUUUUCUCUUAUGUGGAGCUUGGGGGCAAUGUUAGAAUUAGAUGGACGAUUUGCAUUACAGGAAUAUCUUGUGAAGCAUGAAUCGCAUUGUAAUUGGCCGAAGUAUACAGAAGAUGAAACUAUUUUUGAGAAUCUAGUAUCAGACGAUGGAAAAUGGAUACAUUGGAGUAAAAUGGUGCCAAAAUUUGAAUAUCCCUCAGAUCGUGUUUUAGAAUAUCACACUAUUCUCGUUCCUAAUGUCGAUAAUACCAGAACAUUAUAUUUAAUUGAUAUUAUAGCGGGGCAGGAAAAAGCAGUACUUUUAAUAGGGGAAGCCGGUACUGCAAAAAGCGUAAUGAUGAAAAGCUACAUGUCUAAGCACGAUCCCGAACAUCAUUUGAACAAGUUUUUUAAUUUUUCUUCAGCGUCCACGCCCAAUAUGGUUCAGCGUGUAUUCGAGAGCUACGUGGAGAAGCGAGUCGGCAGCACUUACGGUCCGCCCGGCGGACGGAAAAUGACCAUAUUUAUCGACGAUAUAAAUAUGCCGGCCAUAAACGAAUGGGGCGAUCAAAUUACAAAUGAGAUCGUACGUCAAUUAAUGGAGUACAAAGGGUUCUACUCCCUGGACAAGCCGGGUGACUUUUGCACUAUGCAAGAUAUUAUGUUACUUGCCGCGAUGCGUCAUCCGGGUGGAGGACGAAAUGACAUUCCACCGCGACUGAAGCGGCAGUUCAAUAUUUUUAAUUGCACAUUACCGUCCAAUAAAUCCAUAGAUACAAUUUUCAGUGUUAUUGGCCAAGGCUACUUUUGCACUACGAGAUUCUCCGAAAUCAUCGUUAAUUUCUUGCCAAAGCUCGUGCCGUUGACUCGAUUAUUAUGGCAGCUAACAAAAGCGAAGAUGUUACCGACCCCAGCCAAGUUCCAUUACGUUUUCAACUUGCGUGAUCUCUCACGUAUUUGGGAGGGAAUACUAAGAAUAGAGAGAGCCGAGUGUGAAUCUAUAACGACACUGCUGAAAUUAUGGGAGCACGAAUGCACGCGUGCGAUAGCGGAUCGUUUCAUCACUGCCGCCGAUAAAGAAUGGUUUCAAAAUACAUUGCGGCGGACCGCGGAGAAGAUGUUGGGUCCAGAUUAUCAAUAUUAUUCCCCAGUUGAGACGUAUUUCGUUGACUUUUUGCGCGAACCACCGGAACCGACAGGCGACGAGCCGGAAGAUUUCAUAUUAGAGGCACCAAAGAUUUAUGAGGAGAUCCCGAGUUACGACGUCGUUAUCGCGAAAGUUCAGCAAAAUAUGGAGCAAUUUAAUGAAUACAUACGCGGCAUGCGUCUUGAUCUGGUCUUUUUCCACGACGCUCUGGUGCACUUGAUACGAAUAUCGAGAAUACUUGGAGUUCCCAGAGGUAACGCGUUGCUGGUCGGUAUAGGGGGAUCCGGCAAGCAGAGCCUGACGCGGCUGGCAUCCUUCAUCGCAGGAUUUAACUUCUUUCAAAUAACGUUAUCCAGAAUUUAUAAUGUAGCCAGCUUGAUGGACGACUUGCGAAAAUUGUAUCGCACCGCUGUCAUUGACGGCAAAGGUCUCACUUUCAUUUUCACCGACAACGAGGUGAAAGAUGAAGCAUUCUUAGAAUAUAUAAACAACAUAUUAAGCGUCGGCGAAGUGGCCAAUCUUUUUCCGAAGGAUGAGUUAGACGACAUUUUAACAGCUGUCACGCCGCUGAUGAAAAAGGCCGAUCCCCGACGACCGCCUACGCAAGAUAAUCUUUACGAUUACUUCAUAUCGCGAGCGAGAAAUAAUCUGCAUAUAGUCCUAUGCUUUUCACCAAUCAGCGGAAAGUUUAGAUCCCGGACACUGAAAUUCCCUGGCCUUAUAUCUGGCUGCACGAUGAAUUGGUUUUCGCGAUGGCCGAGGGACGCACUAUACGCGGUCGGCGAACACUUCCUUGAAACAUAUAAAGUUAUAUGUAGUCCGGAAGUAAAACAACAACUAAUGCAAGUUGUGGGCGAUAUUCAAGACGACGUGAAUGAUACAUGUUCAGAAUACUUCGACAGGUUCCGACGUCAAGUAUACGUGACUCCGAGAUCAUUUUUAACGUUUCUCGACAGUUACAAAAUAUUUUACAAGCAACGUUUGGACAGCAUUAAUACACUUGCCUCUCGUAUGGGCAGCGGUUUGAAUACAUUAAUUGACGCUGCGGCGCAGGUUGAUGUGUUGCGACACGAAUUGGAAAAAAAUCGAGAGGAGAUUGCAGCAAAAAAUGUUCAAGUGGAGGCGAUUCUUGUUACUGUGAAUGAGAAAAAGAGAGAAGCUGAGGGUGUGAAAGCAAAAGUGCAAGUGUCGAAAGAUGAAGCGGAAGCGAUUUUGAAAGUGAUAGCGACAGACAAGGGGGUGGCAGAACAGAAGUUGGAAGCUGCGGAGCCCGCCUUGUUAGAAGCCGAAGCCGCGUUACUGACCAUAAAAGCAGCAGACAUCGCUACCGUUCGUAAAUUGGCUAAACCACCGUAUUUAAUUACGCUCAUAAUGGAUUGCGUUCUGAUUCUAUUCGGACGGAAAUUGGAACCGGUCAAACCGGAUUACGAACAUCAAUUUCUAACACCUUCGUGGUCAGAAUCGUUAAAGGUCCUGGCUGAUACCAGAUUUUUAUAUAAUUUACAAAAUUUUCCAAAGGAUAAUAUUAACGCUGAAACCGUUGAUUUAAUGCUGCCGUAUUUAAACUACUACAUGUACACUUACGAAGCUGCGAAGCAAGCCUGCGGAAAUGUUGCGGGUCUCAUACAGUGGACCAUCUCCAUGGUCGCUUUUUAUGAAAUAAAUAAAGAUGUGCUGCCUUUGAAGGCAAAUCUUGUUGUACAAGAAAAUAAGUACGAAAAUGCCAACAAAAAUUUAGUCGAGGCGGAAGAAUUACUGAAAGAAAAAGACGACGCUUUAAAGAUAGUGCAAAAUGAAUUCGAUGGCAUGAUGCAAGAACGACAAAAAAUUGUCGACCAAGCUGCGGUUUGUCAAGCAAAAAUGGAUACCGCCACCGCUAUGAUUGAAGGAUUAUCUGGAGAAAAAAUAAGAUGGACCGAGCAAGUGACUGUAUUCAAAUCAGAAAUAGACCGUCUCGUUGGAGAUGCGUUGGUGUUAACCGGGUUUCUUUCUUAUUGCGGGCCAUUUAAUCAAGAAUUCCGACUUCUCUUGCAACGGAAAUGGUUCGACUUUAUACUAGACAGAAAAAUCCCAAUUUCUGUUAACAUAAACAUUGUUAAUGUAUUGACAGACAUAGCUACGAUUGGUGAUUGGAGCUUGCAAGGUCUGCCAACGGAUGAAUUAUCGGUUCAAAAUGGUAUAAUUGUAACGAAAGCAACGAGAUACCCUCUAUUGAUUGAUCCGCAAUUGCAAGGCAAAACGUGGAUUAAAAAUAAAGAGAAAGAGUUUGAUUUACAGGUAACGUGGUUCACGCACAAAUACUUUAGAAAUCAUCUAGAGGAUUCCGUAUCGAUAGGACGACCAUUAUUGAUUCAGAAUGUGGGGGAAGAAAUAGAUCCAGUGCUAGACAAUUUGCUGGAAAAGAAUUUUAUAAAAAUAGGGACCUCCCUUAAGGUCAAAUUAGGCGACAAAGAAGUGGAUAUUAGUAAAGAUUUCAGACUUUAUAUCACGACGAAGUUACCAAAUCCUUUUUACACUCCAGAAAUAUUCGCCCACACAUCUAUAAUCGAUUUUACUGUUACGAUGAAAGGUCUGGAGGAUCAAUUAUUAGGAAGAGUCAUUUUAACAGAGAAGAAGGAACUGGAGACAGAAAAAACGCAAUUGAUUGCCGACGUAGCCGCAAAUAAUAGAAAGAUUAAAGAAUUAGAAAAUAAUCUUUUGCACAAAUUGGGAACAGUGCAAGGCCCUUUGAUAGAAGACGUUGAAUUAAUGUCGGUAUUAAAUACCACGAAGCAAACAGCGGCGGAUAUAAAUAGGAAGCUGAGUAUCGCGAAAGAUACGGAGUUAAAAAUCGAUGUAGCACGUGAAGAAUUUCGACCGGUUGCAACGCGCGGUAGCGUUUUGUACUUCCUGAUAUGUGACAUGCCGCAUGUCAAUUGCAUGUACCAAACGUCCCUCGUUCAAUUCUUAGAACGAUUUGAUAUCUCAAUGGCUAGAUCCGAGAAGAGCCCAGUCAAUCAGAGAAGAAUAAAUUACAUCAUCGAAUUUCUGACUUACGAUAUAUUUAAGUACAAAGCACGCGGGCUCUACGAGAUACACAAGUACAUGUUCAUUCUGUUGAUGACGCUAAAGAUCGAUCUGCAACGCAACAGCAUCACGCACGAGGAGUUUCAGUAUUUUAUUAAAGGCGGCGCGGCGCUGGACCUAAAAGCGGUCGAGCCGAAACCUUGUAGAUGGAUCACGGAUGUAACGUGGCUUAAUCUAGUCGCGCUGUCGAAAUUACGACAAUUUCAGUAUAUCGUGUCUCAAGUACCCGCUUCCGAGAAAGCUUGGAAAUCUUGGUUCGACAAAGAUGCACCAGAGGAGGAAGUUAUACCAGAUGGUUACAACACGUUGGAUACGUUCCGUCGAUUGCUGCUGAUAAGAGCUUGGUGCAUGGAUAGAGCGAUGUCGCAAUCCAGGAAGUACAUAGCGUCUUCUUUAGGAGCGAAAUACGCAGAUCCCGUGAUUACGCUUCUCGAUGCAAUGCACAGCGAGUCGAGGCCGAACACACCGAUGAUCUGUUUCCUAAGCAUGGGAUCGGAUCCUACGCCUAACAUCGAGCAGCUCGCGAAGAGAAUGGAAAUCGUUUGUCGAAGCGUAUCGAUGGGACAGGGUCAAGAAGUCCAUGCUCGUCGUCUGUUGAGUGCCGCGAAAACUGAGGGCUUUUGGGCUUUAUGCCAGAAUUGCCAUUUAGGCUUGGAGUACAUGGCGGAAUUGGCGAACUUUCUCUUAGAAAUGGAAGCGCCGCAUCCAGAUUUUCGCGUGUGGAUCACGACGGAGCCGCACAGAGACUUUCCCGUUUCCUUACUGCAAAUGUCCAUAAAAUAUACAUACGAACCACCGCAAGGAAUACGCGCGGGUUUAUUGGCGACGUACAGCAGUAUGAAUCAGGAAAUAUUGGACCAGUGCGACGCCGCGCAAUACAUACCGCUGGUGUACGCCGUGUCGUUCCUGCACACCGUCGUUCAGGAAAGACGCAAAUUCGGCCCCCUGGGAUGGAACAUACCUUACGAAUUUAAUUCGGCGGAUUGGCUGGCGUCCUGCAUGUUCAUGAAUAAUCAUCUGAAUGAUUACGAUCCGAAGCGCGGCAUAAAUUGGCAGAGCGUGCGUUACAUGAUAGGCGAGGUGCAGUACGGCGGGCGCGUUACGGACGACUACGAUAAAAGGCUGUUAAAUACCUUCGCGAAAGUGUGGUUUACGGAAGCGCUCUUCGCGGAGGGUUUCAUUUUCUACAAGGGUUAUCCGCUUUUGAUAUUUAAGCAAGUAAGCGAUUAUCUGAAGGCGAUAGAAACCAUGAGCCCCGUGGAUCCGCCACAAGUAUACGGCUUGCAUCCAAAUGCGAAUAUUACAUAUCAGAGCAAUACCACGCAGACCGUGCUAGAUAUAAUAAUAUCCGUGCAGCCGAAAGAAGCGGGCGCCGUUGGUGCGGAAUCCCGAGAAGUGGUUGUCGCGAGGCAGGCGAGGGAAAUGCUGGAAAAAGUCCCGGGACUGUAUGACAUGUUUGAAGUUAAAGAGAGAUUGCAUGCAAUGGAUCAUACCGCCCCGAUGAAUAUUUUCUUAAAACAAGAGAUCGACAGAAUACAAGUGGUUAUAAAAUUAGUGCGCGUUACGCUCAAGGAUCUCCUGUUGGCCAUAGAAGGCGUAAUUAUAAUGAGCGAGGAGUUGCGAGACGCCCUCGACAAUAUAUACGACGCCCGGAUACCGAAGACCUGGAAGGCUCGAUCGUGGGAGUCGGCUUCCUUGGGUUUCUGGUUUACGGAACUGCUGGAGAGGAACCAACAGUUUUCGACUUGGCUAAAUAGCGGGAGACCGAUAAAGUUCUGGAUGACUGGCUUCUUCAAUCCACAAGGAUUUUUGACGGCGAUGAAGCAGGAAAUAACGCGGGCCCACAAAUGGGCUCUGGAUAAUGUCACGCUUUACAAUGAAGUCUUACGUAACAUGGCGGAGGAAAUUAGAAAACCGCCGCCAGAAGGUGUUUACGUUUAUGGCCUGUUUCUGGAGGGCGCCGGUUGGGAUCGGAGACACUGUCGUUUGUGCGAAUCGGCAAAUAAAGUCCUUUACGUAUUAAUGCCGUUAGUACAUAUCUUCGCUUUACAUAAUGCAGACAAGAUCCUUCCCCUAGAGAAGGGCCUGAAAUUAUAUCAGUGUCCCGUGUAUAAAAAGCCUCAGAGGACUUACAUGUUGUUAGUAACGUCGCUCUGGCUGCAGACUCUAAAAAAUCCCGAUUACUGGAUUUUGCGUGGCGCCGCUCUGUUAUGUGAUAAUAAAUAAUUCAUUGCAAAUAAAAAGAUAAAAAAAAUAUUGUGCACGGAAGUUUUUA